AUCGAGGAGCUGCGCGCUGAGAUGCUGGAGAUGAGGGAUGUCUACAUGGAGGAGGAUGUCUACCAGCUGCAGGAGCUCCGGCAGCAGCUGGACCAGGCCAGCAAGACCUGCCGCAUCCUGCAUAGGCUGCGCAAGGCCGAGCGCCGCAGCCUGCGCGUGGCACAGACGGGCCAGGUGGACGGCGAGCUCAUCCACAGCCUCGAGCAGGACGUCAAGGUGGCCAAGGACGUCUCCAUGCGGCUCCACAAUGAGCUGGAGGCUGUGGAGAAGAAGAGGAUAAGGCUGGAGGAGGAGAACGAGGACCUGCGCCAGCGGCUCAUUGAGACAGAGCUGGCCAAGCAGGUGGUGCAGAACGAGAUGGACAAGCUCCGAGAGAAUUCCCUGAAGAAACGGGGGUCUCGCUCCAUUGGAAAGACCGAGAAGAAGCCAUCAGUGCAGGACAGCGCAGACCUGAAGUGUCAGCUGCAUUUUGCCAAGGAGGAAUCAGCCCUGAUGUGCAAGAAGCUGACCAAGCUGGCCAAGGAGAACGAUGGCAUGAAGGAGGAGCUGCUGAAGUACAGGUCCCUGUAUGGAGACCUCGACAGCUCCCUCUCCGUGGAGGAGCUGGCGGACUCUCCCCACUCCCGGGAGGCUGAGCUGAAGGUCCACCUCAAGCUGGUGGAGGAGGAAGCCAACAUCCUCAGCCGGAGGAUAGUGGAGCUGGAGGUGGAAAACCGUGGGCUGCGGGCAGAGAUGGAUGACAUGAAGGGCCAAGGGGACCGAGAGCUGCCAGGGCAGGACAUGCGGUUCCUGGUGGGCAUCUCAGGUUGUGGGGACACAGGGGACACGGUGGCAGAGCUGCGCCGGCACCUGCAGUUCGUGGAGGAGGAGGCUGAGCUGCUGAGGCGCUCGCUGCUGGAGCUGGAGGACCAGAACAAGCUCCUCCUGAACGAGCUGACCAAGUACAAAUCGGACCACGAGCUGGAC